AUGGCAACACCGCCUCCAUCGCAAGGGGCGGUAUUCUCCACACUUCGGCCCCUAGCUCUGGUAUCGAAGCCACCUCUGCACCAGCUCAACAAACAGCCUCUGCUUUUGCUGCUGCUCAAGCCGCCUCAAGAUCUGCUCAGAGGCGCGUACAUGCAGGUCAAGGUGGUGCCACUGUGACUUUAAGAGCACGCAAUCAACCUCCCACGCCUGGAACAGUCAAUCGUGCAUUCCAUCCAGGACCUUUGCAAUUGUCCUCUCGCCUUGCAGAAACGAGUGCGGAUGCCGCUGCUGCUCCGAAGGCUCCCGGCUCGGCUCCACCAGUCGCUGA